UUUCUCACCUAAGAUUAAUUUUUUAUCAUGUUUCUUAACUUUGGUUCAUAGUUGAGCUUUAAAAUAAUUUUUGCCUACACUACUUGUUCUUGCAGAAUAAAUUAUAAAAGCCAAUGGUCCCCAAGAAUUUUCAAGCACUUUUCCAGCAAACAUGGCAACAAACAUGGUAGGAAUAAUGGAAGGAAUAUUGGCUGGACAAGCACUUGAGAUUCGAAUAAAUUAAGAAACCAAUUCCAGCCAACAUUCCAUCAAGCACAUGCACAAUUUCCUUUCAUCAUUCCAUCCAGCACAUGGGCCAAUUCAAGCAAUUUUUCCAACAAGCAAAGGCACUAUUUCGGCUGGAACUUAAUGGAAACAUGGAGUGGAAUCCUUGGCUGGACAAGCACUACACUUAGUUGGACAAUCAAUUGAAACUUGGCUGAACUUUGGAGCCUAUAAGUAGUUUAUCUUUGUAUCAAUUAAGGGCAUCAUUUCGAAUCAUAUUUCCUUUCAUUCUGAACCAGCUCCUCUCUCUCUUUGUACCACAUUAUGUUUAUGUUCUUAGAACUCUUAGGAGUUAGGAUGGAAGCCAUGAAGAACUAAGUUUCAUAGAUUGAUCUACUGUAUUCAGUGCUGCUGAAGUGCUGCUGAAUUGUUGCUGUAUUACUACAUUGCUGUACAUUAGCCCUGGCUACUAGGUCUUCUUGUUCCAAACUCUUUGAUUUUGAUCCUGAGAUAGAAAGAACAUUGCACAAACAACAUAGAACAGUCCAGGGUAGCAAUAGUUCACCACACUUAAUUGAUUCUAAUCCUGAAAAUUUGAUUGAUAUGGCUGAGCAAACUUUAAGGCAACUUGCAGCCCCUGAUGUGAAUUAUAAUGGCUUAUGCAUUGAAUAUCCUGGUACUGAGGCACCUUUUGAACUAAAAUCUGGUUUGAUACACUUGUUGCCAAAGUUUAAUGGUCUUGCAGGUGAGGAUCCUCAUAAGCAUCUGAAGGAAUUCCAGGUCGUGUGCUCUACACCAUCAAGGCCUGAAGGAAUCACUGAAGACCACAUCAAGCUCAGAGCCUUUCCAUUCUCAUUACAAGGUGCAGCAAAAGACUGGAUAUAUUACCUUGAGCCAAACUCCAUCACAAGCUGGAAUGCCCUCAAAAGAGUGUUCCUUGAAAGAUAUUUCCCUGCCUCCAGAGUAUCCUCAAUCAGAAAAGAUAUAUGUGGUAUUAGGCAGGAAAAUGAGUCAUUAGCUGAAUACUGGGAGAGAUUUAAGAAGUUAGUUGCAAGCUGCCCUCAACACCAGAUCAGUGAACAAUUACUCAUCCAGUAUUUUUAUGAGGGAUUGUUACCAAUGGAUAGAAGCAUUCUUGAUGCUGCUAGUGGUGGAGCACUUGUUGAUAAAACCCCAGCUGCUGCCAAGGCCUUGAUUGAAAAGGUGUCUCUCAACUCCCAACAGUUCACCACUCGAAGCAGUUCUGUCCAAACCAAGGGUGUGAAUGAAAUUCAGGUUUCUUCCAACAAAGCUGUAGAAACCAGAAUUGAUGAGCUUACCUCUCUGGUGAAGAAACUGGUAGCAGGCACAUCUCAGCCAGCUGGAACAGCUCAGACAAAAUGGGUAUGUGGUAUUUGUACUUCUCCUGAGCAUCCAACUGACAUUUGUCCUGUCUUACAAAAUGAAUCAGGUGCUGAGAUCCCCCAGGCCUAUGCAGCAAAUCUUUACAACAAUCCUGACCUGUCAACAAACAGAUACCAUCCCAGUUGGAAGAACCAUUCAAACCUGAGAUAUGGAAACCAACAGUCCAACCACCAACAGAAUCCACAACGAGUGGCUACUCCUGCACCCUCUGGAUCUGGACCUUCCUUAGAGGACAUUGUCAAACAAAUGGCUGUCAACAAUCUCCAGUUCCAACAGAGAACAGACUCUAGCAUCCAGAUCAUCAAUACACAGAUUGGACAGCUUGCUACUCAAAUAAAUACCAUGCAGUCCAGAGGAUCAAGCCAACUUCCUGCACAAACAGUUGUCAAUCCAACUGGUCCUGCUAAUGUGAGUGCAAUUACCCUGAGAUCCGGUAAAGUUGCAGAAACAGCCACCAAAAAAAUUCCUGAGGUAACAUCUGAACCUUCUUCAUCUGUGGUAGAAACUGAUGAUGUUCCUGAGAAAUAUGCACCACCAGUUCCCUUUCCAAACAGAAUUCAGAAAAAUAAAAGGUUUGACGAAGGGGAUAAAGAAAAAGAAAUUCUAGAUGUAUUCAGGAAAGUUGCGGUUAACAUUCCGCUUCUUGAUGUCAUUAAGCAGAUUCCAAAGUAUGCAAAGUUUCUGAAAGAUUUGUGUACAAACAAGAGGAAAUUGAAGGGAAGUGAUAGAAUAAGCUUGGGAAGAAAUAUCUCUGCCUUUAUUCAGCCCAAACCUUCAUCUGAAAAGGUUACAAGUGAGCAGAAUGUUUCAUCCCUCACUCAGAUCCUGCCACAGAAACAGAAAGAUCCAGGAACUUUUGCUAUCCCUUGUACCAUCGGGGAUAAUAAAUAUGAGAACUGCAUGCUUGAUUUGGGAGCUGGCAUUAACGUUAUGCCUACUUCUAUUUAUAACAUCCUUCAUCCUGGCCCUUUGCAGCAUACAGGUUUAAUUGUCCAGCUGGCAAACAGGAGUAAUGCUCGGCCUAAAGGAGUGGUGGAAGAUGUUCUUGUUCAAGUUAAUGAAUUAACCUUUCCUGCAGAUUUUUACAUUCUAGACAUGGAAGGAGAAACUAAAUCCAGCAGGGCUCCCAUCAUUUUAGGCAGACCAUUCAUGAAAACAGCAAAAACAAAAAAUUGAUGUUG